AUGACGGUCCUACAGAAUCAUACCAGCGAUGAUGAGGCUACAGAAUACCUCGAGACUCCAGCUUCGGAAGAGACUCUCGAUCAGGAUUGUGCACAAGAACAACAAUUACAAGCAGAUAAACAUGAUGGCGGAUACGGCUGGGUGUGCGUGGUAUGCCAGCUGAUGAUCACAGCGAGCACAUGGGGUGUCAACGGUGCUUUCGGCGUAUAUCUCAGUCACUACAUCUCAACAAACGCCUUCCCCGGCACCUCAGAAAUCGCCUACUCCUUCAUCGGCGGCCUCUCCCAGUCCCAGAUCCUGCUCAUCGCCCCCCUCGUCACGCACGCCACCCGCGUCUUCGGCACAAAGCCCCCUCUCGUCAUCGGCGCGGUCAUGGAAGCCGGCGCCCUGAUCGGGGCCAGCUUCGCGAAGCAGUCGUGGCAGCUCUUUCUCUCGCAGGGCCUCCUCUUUGGCUGGGGCUGCUCGUUCUUGUACAUUGGCACAAUUGGCAUCAUCCCCCAGUGGUUCGCCCGGAGGAAGGGCAUCGCGAAUGGGAUUGCUGCGGCGGGGAGCGGCAUUGGGGGCUUGAUAUACAGCUUGUCGACGGAGGCCAUGAUAUACAACAUUAGCGUUGCCUGGGCCUUUCGCAUCACGGCCAUCUGCACCGCUGCAGUCAACGCCGUUUGCAUCAUCCUGAUCAAGGACCGGAACAAGCACAUCAAGCCGACUCAGAGCGCGUUUGAUCUUGGCCUCGUCAGAAAACCACGGCUUCUCCUUAUUUCGGCAUGGAUGUUUCUCAGCAUCAUUGGGUACACAUGCGUCUUGUUCUCGCUUCCGGAUAAUGCAGUUCGGAUCGGCCUCACUGCUCAUCAAGGGGCUAUCCUGGGAGCCUUGGCUAAUCUUGGAAUGGCCAUCGGCAGGCCUACUGUGGGCUACUUCAGUGACCGUGUUGGAAGACUGAAUAUGGUGAUAUCGGCAACUCUGCUGGCUGGCAUAUGGUGCUUGUGCCUCUGGACAUCGGGCACGUCGUACGCGGCCUUGCUUGCGUUCUCUAUCCUUGGAGGGACAACAAUUGGUACAUGCUGGGCUAUGGUCGGACCCAUGUUAGCAGAUGCUUUUGGCAUGAAGCUUCUCCCCUCGGCGCUGUCCAUAGUGUGGAAAAUCUCCGCUGUCCCAUCGGCUUUUGCCGAGGCCAUGGCUCUGGGACUUCGACGGAGGCAGGCUCCCGUCUACCUGGACGUUCAGAUAUUUUCCGGCUGCAUGUUCAUUGGGGCAGCGCUAUUCUUGGCGCCGUUAAGAUUCAAAAAGAGGAUUGAAGCAAAGGUAUUCUCCGAAAAGCAAUGA